CCCCGAGCGAUAGCAAAGCGUUGAAUCUUUUCUCACGCCAUUGAACAAUUUUUAAAUACUUCCAGCGAGACUGCCAUAGCCAUCAACACUAACGCCAAACCUUAUGCUUGGUCGAGACAAUCUAGAUAUCUCUUGAUCGGAAGAACCUAUGGCCGCUUUUCAUCUUGAUGACUGGAAAUGGUCAGGUGCAGGGGAGUCACAUCUCUUUCGGGAGUCUAAACAGGAGGACCCAAUUCAACAGUUUGCUACCUUCGACGAGCAGAGGUACGAUGGUGACUCAUACAAAUUCAAAUACUCUGGGAAGCUCCUGGUUUUGAAGAAGAAACGUCCCUCCAAAACUAUCAUCACGAGGGAAGAAAGCGAAGCCGCAGCAAAGGAGUUCAAAAAAUUGAAGAUGCUGAACCAUUCUCACCUAGUACGCCUCAGAGGAUCUUACGCUUGGGAUUCCACUUUCGGACUUCUGUUUGACCCCGUGGCAGCCACUUGUGACCUUGCCACUGUCUUGAAGAAGAUUGAUCGUCUGUCCUUGCCUAAAUACAGGCCCAGCAAAGAUGACACAGCGAACGACAAAGGAACCCUAACCUCACUCGGCCACAAUGGAACUGAUUUGACUACGAAAGCCAUGCGCGACAUGUACUUGAGGAUAUGUAUGGGGAGUCUUGGCUGUAUCUCAAGAGCCGUCGCUUACCUUCAUUACAACGGCAUUCGGCACGGGCGCCUUGCACCAGUGAACAUCCUCCUUGGACAAGACAACAAGCUGUGGGUCACUGGGUUCGGAAUGAUGUCCGAUGAUUCCGAAGGCACACCAGAUCAACCCGGGGAUAGUUUACGCGGAGUCUCGUCUUACUUUGCUCCUGAAAUUAUUCGGCCUGGCCUGACGGGUGUCACCCUUUACGCCGAUAUCUUUUCCCUAGGGAGCCUUUUCCUCGACAUGCUGGCUUCUUGUAGUGGGUUAAGUCCUGAGGGGCAAAAGGAAGCUUUUCGAGGAAACGCGGAUCACUCCUAUCAUGCUAAUGUUGAGAACAUAUUUACAUGGUUUGAAUCGCAGUGGGAACCCCCAGAGGGAGACUACAUAUUUGUGGCAACGGAGGUCCGGAAGAUGCUUAGCACGGAAGCCGACUAUCGACCAUCUGCGGAAUCAGUCUGUCAGACAAUCGACAUUCUUUUACCCUCUGCGGCAACGUUUUGUAGCUUCAGCUCUGCUAGAACACUAGCUCAAACCUCUGAACGUUCUUUUACACGCGAGAUCACUCUGGCGUAUGCUAAUACAUUUGAAAAACGUCAUUGCGUCGACCGAAAUCAGUACAUGUGGCAUGCCCACGUACGUUGCGAUGAUGAAGCUUUAGAAAUCGAGCAAGUAAAGUUCUUCCUACAUGCCAGUUUUGCUGAUGGACAGAGAACGAUUCAAAGGCGACCAUUUGCAGUCUCGUCCAGCUGCUGGGGACCAUUCCCUAUCAAAAUUGCUGUUUUUCUAAAGGAUCCGAUCUUUUGGAGAUACGAAAAAGAUCUCGUGUGGAGGCAUCCAAUAGAACCGAUCAUUUUCACAGCAAGGCAAGACGAAGGACCAAAAAGACCUCGUGAUAAGACGGAAAAAAGGAUAAAGGUUAGUAUAUGGCGGAGGCUUCCCUAGGCGUAUUUUAUGCCACCUCUACAAUCUUGAAAUUUGAUAUUUAAGAUCAUAAAGAUUGCCCCUGUAAUCAUUCCGGUUUUGUAGUAAAUCUUAUUAAAAGUUAUGGUAUGCUUGGAAGAGAGUGAGAGAGUUAUGGGUACAAGUGCAUUAUCUGAAUAUAGGAGAUGAAGAGAAUGACGUGGAGGACUAUGUGUGGUGUUGAGAGAUGGAUGUGGGCGUUGCGGUACUGGAAUUCAGUGGAAUACGUUGGAAUAGGUUUUUUUCCCCCUCUUUUCGCAUUGUGUAUCUCGACAGGGGGUAGGAAACUUCUACAGCUUCAAGCUCGAGAAAGGAAGAUGGUGCGUGAAAGGCUCGCACAUGUACAGAGGGCCAAGUUCGGGAUGUGCAGAGAUCAGGGAGUGUGCAUGGGGGAGGGUAUAGGUCAGAUCACAAAACAGAAAAAGUGAUAUACGAGUCAUUCAGAACAAAAAGCAGGUGUCA